AAUCUCAUCUCAUCUUUACUGUCGUCUGCCAUCCAGGGAUAAGUAGACGUUGAUGUUUAGAAUUCACUUCGCCUUAAAUUUGUUGCUGCUUAAUAUUAUUGGCUUAAUACACUAUUUGGAUUCAAUUUAUCGCAAAUCUAUUUUGUGCUGAUAUACUGAUGUAUCUAUCAAUUGAUUUGGCAGUUUGACUCGUCUGCGAUGUACGUGCAACUCACUUUAUGUGUUGAUUGAGGGAUUUGAAUUUGAAAAAUGGCGGAAUAUGUGGCAGCACCAUCAUGUAUUAAGCUGCAUAUGCAGAGUACUUAUAUAAAUAAGAGAGAAUGUUUACUACGGAAUUCGUAUUUUAGACCAGCUCAAAGAAGGUGUUCCCGCGAAAGAUGUAAAGUUGCCUGGUACUCAAUGCAGAAAAUACGUGGGAUUAGUACUUUAGGUGUUGAAAAUAAAAAAGGUUAUUCACUAGGCAGGAAACGUUCAUUCAAAUGUAGUUGCUUGGGGUUUUUGGUCAACCCUGAUUGUGCAACAGCCUCUGAAUGGGUUCCUGUUGGUGAUCAGGUACUUCUUAUGGCCAGUAUAUUCCUCACAUAUCUGGCUGGAGUAAUUCCUGUUCAGAAUUCUAAUCACACUAUGCAAAAGAGCAGACUCAAUAGUAUUUCAGUCCCUGAGAGCUUUAUCUCUCCUGGUUGGAAAAAUGAUGAGAAUGCUAAUAUAAAUUCUGUUUGGGAAGUAGUGAAAGAGAAACUUGUGGAGUCUCUAGAUGCUAUUGCAUGUGGGAAUAAUUCUGGAAACAGAGCCACUGAAUUUGAACAACAACAGGGAAAGCGUCCUUUAAGUCUGUAUGCUGUAUCUGAGGGAGCGAGGUUACGGCUACUUUGGGCUUCUCUUCAGCAGCUUGAGAAAGAGGUAAGUAAUAUCUCAGAGAUUCCUGAUACUGUUAACAGAGAUGAUUGGAUAACUGUUUUUUUUGAAAUCAUUCGAGAAUCCUGUCAACCAGUAUGCAUGACUUGGCUACAAAAUGAAUUUGACCUAGACAACAGCAAUUCUGAUGAGGCACUUAUUUCUCUGAUUCUAGAGAAGUUAAAAAGAGAAGAUACUGUUUUAAAGAAUAUCAUAAAUUCAGGCAAGACAGAUCUUUAUGCUGAAUUGAUGCACUUUCUUCGGUUCAGUUCCCCCAGAAAGGGUUGCUGGUACGACAAUACCUUGUUUUCUUUGUAUGCGGAUUCCAUAUUAGAAGAUUUGGUGAUAACUUUAGCGGAUGGGAUUGCAAGCAUUUACCUAGAGCUUAUUUCUGUCGAUGGAAAUUUGCCAAAUGAAAUUAGCAGCCUGGGUUUGAUGAUGUGUAAUCUGUCAACUCGUGCACUCCAAAGAUUACGGAAUGAGGUGGCCCUGAAUUUAUGGUUGUAUCAAAAUGUGGAGGCAGUUGUAUCAAUGUAUGAAGAUCGUUUUGACCUGUGCACAUUUCAGAGCCAACUCAUUGAGGAAUCUAUCGUGGAUGUCCAGUUUGAGAAUGAUAAUUGGUGGAAGAAGCUUACCUGCAGAAAAUCUGAAAUUUCGUUCUCUGCAUCAAGUUAUAUUGAAAUAAUUCAAAUGUCUAUUUCUGUGAGAAGAACCAAGGAAUUAAGGGCCCUGACAGGAUGGAGGUACUACUUCAGCUUAUUCCUUGAGUUAUCUGACAUUAGCAUGCCAUCUAUAAGAGCUGUUUUUGAAAAAAUCAGCAAUGCCAUCUCAUUCUUUUUUGUUAGCUUGAUUGGGAGAUCCUUAGGACUCAUCUACACUGGAAUUAGGCAGUCCCUGCAAUGGAAGUGAGAAGUAAUAUAACUGGUGUAUUUUUGUCAUUCUUUGCGAUUUACGUUAAGUUUGUUUUUCACUUUGAUAUAGGACUAGCCAAUAUGAGGAUGUCUCUUUUGGGUAUUGAGGCAUCUUGUAACGAUUCAUUUUGAAGUAAAAAUUUGACUUCCACCU